CGGAAAACAGGAGGCUGGAUGUAGAGACGGAACCGGUGGAAAGGUUCAUGUCAGGAUCUGAAGACAAAGCAGGGCAGGUGGAAGUCCAGGCGGAAGUCCAGGCGGAAGUCCAGCAGAGCAUUGAGUCGUCUCUGCGCUGACGGAGUAAUUUGACAUUUUGGGAAAUGGGCUGAUUCUCUUUCUUGCCAAGAGAUGAGAUGGAAGAUCGAUCCGUCCCUGAUGUCUUCAGGGUGAAGAUGAAGCAGCGGAGGAAGAUAAAACGUGUCAGCCUGAAAAUGCAAAACAAACACUUUACUGUUCAGAGGAAAAUACUGUGGUGAAGGUUAAAAUCCAUGAGAUAAUUACUCUCUGACAGCUCAGUUAAAGAGCUGUUGUUGAAUCCUGACUCAUGAUAUCUCGUUAACACUCGUUAGCGUCUAAUAGAACACUAACACGGACUGACAGCAGCUCAUUGCACCACCAGGAGCCGCUAAAUAAACCUGUACUUUACUUCACUUACAGUAGAGAGCAGGAAGCAGUGGAGCCUGAUGGCCUCAGAUACCAUAUGAUCGUAUGUGACAUGUAUGUCUGGUGUCUGAACAUGCCUGAGGUCGGUCAUGUUUGUAGGACACGGCUCCAUGUAUGUAGCCUUUCUAUGAUCUGUCUGCUGGUGAUUUUACUCUGUCAACACUGCAGGUUUCAUCUGAUGUUCGCUGCAUCAUGGCUGCAAGCAGAACACAUGCCGCUUUUCAAGAGGCAAACCAUCAAAGCUAGCGUUAGCCAUAUUAGCACUGCUACCAUCAAAGCUAACGUUAGGCACAAUACUGCUACUACCAUCAAAGCUAACAUUAGCCACAUUACCACUACUACCAUCAAAGCUAACAUUAGCUUCAUUACUACUACUAACAUCAAAGGUAAUAUUAGCACUACUACCAUCAAAGCUAAUGUUUUCCAAAUUACUGCUACUAUCAAAACUAACGUCAGCCACAUUGCAGCUAUUAGGAUCAAAGCUAACGUUAGCCACAUUACUGCUACUAUCAAAGCUAAUGUUAGCCAUAUUACGGCUACUACCAUCAAAGCUAAUGUUUUCCAAAUUACUACUACUGUCAAAACUAACAUUAGCCACAUUGUAGCUAUUGCAAUCAAAGCUAAUGUUAGCCACAUUACUGCUACUAUCAAAGCUAAUGUUAGCCACAUUACUACUACUACCAUCAAAGCUAACAUUAGCAACAUUACUACUACUACCAUGAAAGCUAAUGUUAGCCACAUUACUACUACUCCCAUCAAAGCUAAUGUAAGCCAUAUUACUACUACUACCAUCAAAGCUAACAUUAGCCACAUUACUAUUGCUACUACCAUCAAAGCUAACAUUACCCACAUUCCUGCUACUACCAUCAAAGCUAACAUUAGCCAUGUUACUACUACUACCAUCAAAGCUAACAUUAGCCACAUUACUAUUGCUACUACCAUCAAAGCUAACAUUAGCCACAUUCCUGCUACUACCAUCAAAGCUAACGUUAGCCACAUUACUACAACUAACAUCAAAGCUAAUCUGGCCACAGAUUCUUUGUUUUCAUCUAAAAAAAAUUUAAAUGCUGCAAAAACAAACAUCUGAUGUGUUUCUGGGAUGUAAAACUAAUUAUAGCACUUUUUUGCCUGCCUGAAGUCAAUAAAACUCACACAAGUCUCUGUCGUGGUGCUCCCUUACUAGCUGAACUCCUGCAGGGCUC